CUGCCUGCCUCUCUCUUUGUUUUCCCUUACAUCCAGUCGUCUGCCUGAAAUGUUGAACUUUAGACGCAUGUGAGUGUCAGUGGGGGUAGUGCAAAGCUGGAUUUUUUCUCAUUGACUUUGCCUGCAGUUUUUUAGUUUUCUCAUUGACCCGACAGGGCUGCGUGCCUGGGCUUCUUUCAGACAUCAAACGAGUCAUAGAGGAAUACGAGAGGACAGCAUUUAAGAACUUCUGCCUAAAACAAAAGAAAUCUAGACUCAGGUUAAGCAUUAACCGCUCUGCUCUUCACAUUGCUUCUGUAGCUCAUGUUGAUAUCUUUUCUCUGCACAAGAACGUUGCAAGGUUGGGCUUCUAUUUAAACGCCUCAUGGCUCAAAGUCCCUCAGAGUCACGUCCUGCAAUUGUCUCUGGAGUGGGUGGACAGGGAAGAUAAUAAGAGCGUUCGAGUCGGCCUCAGCAGCAGUGAGGCAGAGGGCAAGAGGCAUCUGGUUGUCCAGUCAUCUAAGGAAACCAUCAGUGUGGACCAUGUGUGCUGCAGCUCUGGAAGAGUAUUGUGGGUCCAUCUUCUGGAAUACCUCAUAUCUGGACAGAGAAGACCCAGACCUCCCAGUAUGUGUAGAGCAGACGGUGCUGGUCUGGAUCCCCCUGGGGUUUCUGUGGCUCUGUGCCCCAAUGCACCUGGUGUCUCUCUGCAGGAGGACACAAAUGAGCACAAAACACCUGUCCAAGAUCUACCUUUGCAAACAGCUUGUGGUGUCUCUGUUGUUCCUGACAGCCAUAGCAACCCUGGCAGUCACAUUAGGAGAGGAUUUUGGUCCUAUUAAAGACCCCCCUUCAACUGUGAAAAAUCCUGGUGUAUUCUACGCAAACCCCAUCUUGUACGCUGUCACAUGGACCCUGCUGAUGUUGUGUCAGGAAGGAGUGAGGCGGAGGGAAGGAUCAGUGGACUCCGCCACUCUCUUUGUCUUCUGGUUGCUCCUUGUUCUGUGCGACAUCUUCCCUUUCCAGACCCUCCUACGAGAGGCACUCAAGCUGGGAGAAAUCAGUGAUGUUCCUCGCUUCUGUCUUUUCUACAUUUCCUUUGGGCUGGAACUGAUUGCACUUGUUCUUUCUGCUAUUCCUGAUAUUCCACGAGAUGCUGAGGAGCAUGUAAAAAAGAAUCCUGAGGCAGGUGCAGCAUUUUUGAGCAGAAUCACUUUCAACUGGUUUAACAGUAUGGUGUGGAAGGGGUACAAGCAACCCUUGGUUCAGGAGGACAUGUGGGAGCUGAAUGAGAUAGAUAGCACUUCUUACAUCAACAAGCGUUUCCAGAAUAUCCUGCAGUCAGAGUUGGCAGCAGCUCGAGUCCGUUACCAAAAAAAUUUGAAGAAGAAACGUGAUGGGAACAGAGACAAAGCCCAGGAAGAGGCCUGUAAAGCUGGCCUCUCCAGCGGUCUGGGGAAAGGCGUCAGCCAGGACGUGCUGAUGAUGGAGGAAAAGGGAAACAAAAAAGAUGAAAAGAAGAAGAAAAAGGACAAAAAGAAGGAGAAGGAAGACUAUCCCAAUUCAUGGCUGAUCACUACCAUUUACAAGACCUUUAAAUGGAUUCUGAUAGAAUCUGCCUUCUUCAAACUUAUACAGGACUUGCUGACUUUUGCCAGUCCUCAACUCCUAAAAUUGAUGAUCUCCUUUACUCAAGACAAAGACAGUUAUGUCUGGGAAGGAUAUCUGUAUGCAGUGCUGCUGCUGGUCGUGGCCAUUUUUCAGUCUCUCUUGCUGCAGCAGUACUUCCAGCGCUGUUUUGUGCUAGGGAUGAAGGUUCGCACUGCCAUCAUGGCUACAGUGUACAAAAAGGCAUUGGUGGUGUCUAAUGAAGCUCGUAAAGAGUCAACAGUUGGGGAAACGGUGAACCUGAUGUCAGCAGACGCUCAGCGCUUUAACGAUGUGACCAACUUUAUCCACCUGCUGUGGUCCUGCCCUCUACAGAUCAUUCUGUCCAUUGUUUUCCUGUGGCUGGAGUUAGGACCAUCUGUGUUGGCAGGACUGGCAGUCAUGGUGCUGAUGGCACCUAUUAAUGGACUGUUAGCCACUAAGGCCAGAAAUAUCCAGAUAGAGAACAUGAAGUUCAAAGACAAGAGACUGAAAAUUAUGAACGAAAUACUCAAUGGGAUCAAGAUUCUGAAACUGUAUGCAUGGGAGCCAUCCUUCCAGGUGCAGGUAGAAGACAUUAGGGGGGAAGAACUAAAGGUUAUGAGGAAGUUUGCCUACCUGUCAUCUGUCGCCACCUUCAUCUUCAGCUGUGCUCCAGCCCUGGUUUCUCUGGCCACCUUCGCAGUGUUUGUAGGGGUGAGCAAUGACAAUGCAUUGACUGCUGAGAAAGCUUUCACUUCCAUCUCUCUAUUCAACAUCCUCCGAUUUCCGCUGGCCAUGCUGCCCAUGCUCAUUGCCGCCAUGGUGCAAACGACAGUGUCUAGGAAGCGCUUGGAGAAGUUUCUGGCCGGUGAAGACCUUGACAGUGACAUUGUGCGCCAUGACCCCAGUUUCAACUCUGCUAUUAGCAUUUGUGACGGUUCCUUUGCAUGGGAAAAAGAAGCUGAGCCUAUGCUGAAAAAUGUGUCUUUGGAUAUUAAGCCAGGUCGGUUGGUAGCAGUAGUCGGUGCUGUAGGCUCAGGAAAAUCCUCUCUCAUGUCAGCCCUUCUGGGAGAGAUGCACAGCACAAAAGGCUUUAUCAACAUUCAGGGUUCCCUUGCCUUUGUGCCACAGCAGGCCUGGAUCCAAAAUGCCACUCUAAGGGAUAAUAUCCUGUUUGGCUCUCCCCAUGAGGAGAGGAGGUUCCAGGAGGUGAUACAGGCCUGUGCCCUGGCUCCGGACCUGGAGCUCCUGCCUGGUGGUGAUCUCACUGAGAUUGGAGAGAAAGGCAUCAACCUAUCAGGGGGUCAGAAGCAGCGUGUGAGCUUGGCCCGGGCAGCUUACAGUAAGGCUGAUAUUUACCUGUUAGAUGAUCCCCUGUCUGCUGUGGACUCCCAUGUGGGAAAGCAUCUCUUUGAGAAAGUGAUUGGACCCAAUGGCAUACUCAAAGACAAGACUCGUGUCUUGGUGACUCAUGGAGUCAGCUUCCUGCCAUAUGUAGAUGAAAUAGUGGUCUUGGUGGAUGGCGUGAUUUCCGAGGUGGGAUCCUACAACAGCCUUCGUGCCAACAAAAGAGCCUUUUCUGAGUUUCUAGACACAUAUGCCAAAGAGAAAAGCAAUCACACUGAUUCAGAGUCAGCCCGUUGCCAGGACACUACAGAUGUAGAGCUCAUCCCUGAAAGAGAGGACACUCAACCUGACUCUCCUUUGGAAGACGCAGUUUCUUUUACACUGAAAAGAGAAAGCAGUAUCCGCCGCAGCCAGCGCAAUGGAAGUGUCAGACUAAGAAAAAAUAGUACCCUAAAGAAAUCGGAGGAUUUUGGUGAAUUAAAGAAAGGCCAGAAGCUAAUAGAGAAGGAAACUAUGGAAACAGGCCAGGUGAAGUUCUCAGUGUACCUUCAGUACCUGCGUGCCAUGGGCUGGGGAUAUUCUGUCUUGGUCUUUGUGGUUUACUUCAUCCAGAACAUUGCAUUCAUCGGUCAAAACCUGUGGCUGAGUGACUGGACCAAUGAUGCAGUGCACUACUUCAACAAGACAUACCCUGCUUGGAAGAGGGACACCAGGGUGGGAGUGUUUGGAGCUCUGGGAGUGGCUCAGGGCUUUUUUGUGUUCCUUGGUACACUGCUCCUGGCCAAUGCUUCAGUCAAUGCGUCUCGCAUUCUGCAUUCAAGGCUGCUUAACAACAUGCUGCGGGUUCCCAUGGUGUUCUUUGAUACCACACCCAUUGGAAGGGUGGUCAACCGUUUUGCAAAGGACAUUUUCACAGUUGACGAAGCCAUUCCACUGUCCUUCCGCUCCUGGCUCCUGUGUCUUCUGGGUGUACUGGGAACACUUUUUGUCAUCUGUCUGGCCACACCUUUUUUCACCAUCAUCAUCAUUCCUUUGGCACUACUCUACUACUUUGUACAACGAUUCUAUGUAGCAACUUCAAGACAGCUGCGACGGCUGGACUCAGUGUCUCGCUCUCCUAUAUACUCACACUUUAGUGAGACAGUGUCAGGUCUGUCGGUGAUAAGAGCAUACGGCCAUCAAGAAAGGUUUCUCAAGCACAACGAAAUAACCAUUGAUGGAAACCUCAAGAGCGUCUACCCGUGGAUAGUGUCAAACAGGUGGCUGGCCAUCCGUCUGGAGUUCCUUGGAAACCUGGUGGUGUUUUUCGCUGCACUGUUCGCAGUCAUUUCCAGAGAUUCUUUGGAUAGCGGCCUGGUUGGCCUGUCUAUAUCCUACGCCCUUAAUGUAACCCAGACCCUUAACUGGCUGGUGAGAAUGACUUCAGAGUUGGAGACCAAUAUCGUAGCUGUGGAGAGAGUGAGUGAAUACAGCGAGCUCAAGAAUGAGGCUGAGUGGGUAACUGACACUCGACCUACAGAGAAGUGGCCUGAGGAAGGAAGGUUACGCUUUGACAACUACAAAGUCCGUUACAGACCUGAAUUAGACCUGGUGCUGCAUGGAAUCACCUGUGACAUUGGCAGCACUGAAAAGAUCGGUAUAGUGGGACGCACAGGAGCUGGUAAAUCAAGCCUGACCAACUGCCUGUUUAGAAUUAUUGAAGCCGCUGAAGGUCGUAUCCUCAUAGAUGACCUGGACAUUUCCAAAAUAGGCCUGCAUGACCUCAGGAACAGGAUCACGAUCAUACCACAGGAUCCAGUGUUGUUCUCCGGGACGCUGAGGAUGAACCUUGAUCCAUUUGAUAAAUUCAGUGAUGAGGACAUCUGGAGAGUACUGGAGCUCUCCCAUCUGAAGGCCUAUGUAUCAGGGCUGCAUGAAGGAUUGCAACAUGAAGUCGCAGAGGGGGGAGAGAACCUCAGUGUUGGGCAGAGGCAGCUGCUGUGUCUGGCCCGAGCACUGCUGAGGAAGUCCCGUAUCUUAAUCUUGGAUGAGGCCACAGCAGCGGUUGACCUGGAGACGGACAACUUAAUUCAGAAUACCAUCCGCAAAGAGUUUUCACAAUGCACUGUCCUCACCAUCGCCCACCGCCUGCACAGCAUCAUGGACAGCUCCAGGGUAAUGGUACUUGAUGCUGGUAAAAUAGUGGAAUUUGAUUCGCCGAGCAACCUGCUGGAAAAACAAGGCCAUUUCUAUGACAUGGCAAAGGAUGCUGGAAUAAAGUCAGAGGACACCUCAGUUCUCUGAUUUUGCACUUUUUCUUAUGAUUUAAUUCCAUAAAUUGUUUUUGUCGUUUGAUUAAAAAAGAUGGAUUGUGCUUCGAUAUAAAGACAUAUUGUAAUAUCUGUAUUUAUAAGAAAAAUAAAAAAAUAAUUCAUAUUCUGUAUGUAAAUCAUUUUAUAUGGGAACAAUAAAUAUUCUUUCUCAAAUGCUGCUCGAUUGUUUUUAAUAAAGAGAACUACUACAGAAGUUAAAAUUUGAAAAUCUGUGUCAAAUUGAAAAUAUGCCGCAGAGGUAGAUGAUUCAUAGAAGAUUCAUACACUCUCAUGUAUGUACAGAACAGUAAGUACACUAUGAUGCUCCAGCUAACAGCUAAAAACACACAGUCAAAUUAUAGGGGAGAAACACACUGAAUAUAGCAUGCCCCCAGAAGCAGACAGGGAUGAAGGCACAGAAGCAUUGAGAGUUAUGCACUGCUGUGGACAGGUUCAACAGAAAAACAUAUUUUAAACACAUAAAAAAGGCUCACUUAAAAAAAAAAAAAAAAACAUAUCACUGUAUGUUAUAUUAGCAAUAUUUUCACUACUCGUCAUCAGACAGCCAAAUAUCAAUUUAAGGGAUCCACUCUCAAGGUAAUACAUUUAAGUCACUCCAUUGUCCUCCUAAGUAACAAAAC